AAAGCAGAGAGGGACGGGACUCUGAGGAGGCUGUUGGUGCUGAGGACACACACACAUACACACACACACAUACAAACGGUUCGUGAAACCUCUGCCAGACUGAAACUCGGAUGAUUCAAAGCUUUCAGUCAAAUGACAUCGGACAUUUGGAUAUAAGGAAGAAACUUCACAUUUUUUUCUUGUUAAGUUGUUCAACCACUCGCUCCGAGUCGACAGUGGCUUCUUGAAAACAGUCGCAACGCGGAGGUCUGAGGGAAAUAUUUCGCGGAGAGACGGAAAGAGAGGGAAGGAUUGGGAUGCUGGUUCCGCGCGCGCUCCGCUCCUUGCUGUGCGUCCUGAGCUGCGCGUGGCUGCACACCGGAGCGGCCUCGCGGCUCAAGUCCCCCGCUCUGCCCAUCCAGUCAGAGAGAGAGCCGCUGCCCUUCAAAGGCUUGUCGGGAUGCUCAUUUGGAGGUCGGUUCUACUCCCUGGAGGACACAUGGCACCCAGAUCUGGGGGAGCCGUUUGGCGUCAUGCACUGUGUCCAGUGCCACUGCGAACCCCAAAAGAGUCGCCGUGGGAAGGUGUUCGGGAAGGUCAACUGUAAGAACAUCAAACAGGACUGUCCGGACCCGAACUGUGACGAUCCAAUCCUCCUGCCGGGGCACUGCUGCAAAACCUGCCCUAAAGAUGAUGACAAGAAGCAGACGGACUCUGUGCUGGAGAGCUUUGAGUAUUUCCAUGAGAAGGGCAAAGAGAAGGAGGACGACCUCCACAAAUCUUACAAUGACAGAUCUUACCUGAGCUCUGAGGACAUGGGGCCCGGGGAGAGUCGCACUGAUUUUGUAGCCGUGCUGACGGGAGGUACAGACUCAUGGAGCUCCAGCGGUGUAGCCAGAGCUCGCUUCUCUCUGACCCGAACCAGCCUGGCCUUCUCCAUCACAUACCAGAGGAUGAGCCGCCCAAGUAAAAUAGUCUUCCUGGAUUCAGAUGGGACCACUGCCUUUGAGUACAGGGUUCCCAAGGGACAGUCAGACAUGAUCUGUGGCGUGUGGAAGAACCUGGCCAAGCCUCUAAUGCGACAGCUGCAGUCUGAACAGAUGCGCAUCCGCAUGACUACGUCGACGAGCCGGCGAGAGGAGGUGGAGGGGAAGAUCAUCAAACACAGAGCUCUGUUCGCUGAGACGUUCAGUUCGACGCUGACAUCCGAGCAGGAGAAUUCAGGCAUGGGAGGCAUCGCCAUGUUGACGCUGAGCGACACAGAGAACAACCUUCACUUCAUCCUCAUCCUGCAGGGACUCGUCACACACAAAGACAAAGAGCCUCUUGUGGUGCCCAUCCGAGUCCAGCUCGUGUACCGCCAACACGUCCUGAGAGAGAUCCGAGCCAACAUCACCUCUCACGAUCCAGAUUUUGCUGAGGUGCUGACAGACCUGAACAGCCGCGAACUCUUCUGGCUCUCUCGCGGUCAGCUGGAGAUCGCCGUGGCGACAGAGGACCAGGAUCCCCGACAAAUCUCCGGAUUCAUCACCGGCAGGAAAUCUUGUGACACUAUUCAGAGUGUGAUGUCCAGCGGUGAUGCACUGACGCCGGGGAAGACGGGAGGCGUGGGAUCGGCCAUCUUCAACCUCCACGACAACGGCACGCUGGACUACCAGGUUCAGGUUGCAGGUCUCACCAGCGACGUGGUCGGCCUCACCAUCGAGCUGAAGCCGAGGCGGCGUAACAAGCGCUCGGUGCUGUACGACCUGACGCCGGAGUACAGCAAGGCCACGGGGCAGGCGGCGGGCAGCUGGAGCCGCAUGGAGGCGCGACACAUCCACAUGCUGCUGCAGAACGAGCUGUUCAUCAACGUGGCCACGGCGCACAGCCAGGAGGGGGAGCUGAGGGGGCAGAUAAAGGCUCUGCUCUACAGCGGCCUGGAGGCGCCCCGACACGAGCUGCCCACGCCUCUGGCCGGUCACGUCGUGUCUCCGCCUGUGAGAACCGGCGCCUCCGGGCACGCCUGGGUGUCCGUGGACAAGCAGUGUCACCUGCAUUACGAGAUCGCCGUCGCGGGCCUCAGCAGGGCCGACGACCUCGCCGUGAACGCCCACCUCCACGGGCUGGCUGAGAUCGGAGAGAUAGACGACAGCACCGCCGCGCACAAGAGGCUGCUCACCGGCUUCUAUGGAUCACAGGCUCAGGGAGUAUUAAAGGACAUCAGUGUUGAAUUACUGCGACACCUGGACCAGGGAACAGCUUUCAUUCAAGUCAGCACCAAGCUCAACCCCCGAGGAGAAAUACGAGGACGGGUCCACGUGCCGAACAACUGUGAGUUCGGGACCAGAGGGGACGUGGAUGAGGCCGAGUUUGACGACCUUUUUGUGAAGGACCCGGAGGAGCUGAAGAAAGACCCUCACACCUGCUUCUUCGAGAACCAGCACCACGCUCACGGCUCCCGCUGGACGCCCAGCUACGACAAGUGCUUCUCCUGCAGCUGCCAGAAGCGAACGGUGAUCUGUGAUCCAGUCAUCUGCCCGGUGUUGACCUGCUCCAGGACCAUCCAGCCUGAGGACAAGUGCUGCCCCGUGUGUGACGAGAGGAAAGAGCCCAAGGACAUGAAAGCUCCAGAGAGAGUGGAAGAACAUCCUGAAGGUUGUUACUUUGAAGGAGACCAGAAGAUGCAUGCCCCAGGAACCACAUGGCAUCCCUUUGUACCUCCCUUUGGCUACAUUAAAUGUGCUGUCUGUACUUGCAAGGGAUCUACAGGGGAGGUGCACUGUGAGAAGGUGACGUGUCCCGUGUUGACCUGCAGUCAUCCCGUGAGACGUAACCCCUCCGACUGCUGUAAAGAGUGUCCGGAGGAGGAGAGGACGGCGGCGGGCCUGGAGCACAGCGACAUGAUGCAGGCCGACGGCCCCCGCCACUGCAAGUUCGGCAAGAACUAUUACCAGAACAGUGACAACUGGCAUCCCUGGGUCCCGCCGAUGGGGGAGAUGAAGUGCAUCAACUGCUGGUGUGACCACGGUGUGACCAAGUGUCAGAGGAAGCAAUGUCCAGUACUGACCUGCUCCAACAUCACCCGUCCAGAGGGCUCAUGCUGUCCUGAAUGUGUUGACUCCAAAGAGGAAGACGACCUGAUGAUGAAAGUUCCAGACAAAAGACGAACCUGGAGACACUGAUCUGUGGGGAGACGCAUACACAGAAAAACCCAUUUCUACCCAUUGAAACCCUCACCCUCCCAGAUGGACCCGAACCCAGAGCCGUACUGGGUCUUUCUUCCCUCCCACCCACCCACCCCCGUUAUCAGCUUCAGGAUUGUAAUGAACAGAGAAGAGCGGAGACAGAGGAAUAUUAAAUAAUAAUAAAAUGAACAGACUCAUUGAGUGAAGGGAUGAAGCUACGAAGAGGACCAACCAGACUUUAUAAACCUGCUGCCUUUUUGCUUCCCGCCUUUCAUUUCUGCUGGAUUCUUUUUUAUUUUUUCUCAGUUUUUUCACAGCAGCUCAACAGGACAAAAGGUGUAGAUGUAGAUAUAGAUAUAUAUGUAAAAAAACAAACAAACAAACAAACAGAAAACACAGCUGGUGAUUGUUGUGAAUGGGAUUCUUGUGCUGUUGAUGUUUGGGAGCUGGAUUUUAAAAUGGUGAAUGUCGGUCAGACUGUGCGAGUUGUUGUUGUAUUUCAUUGACAGGGCUUCUUCUUGAAGUGCAGCCAUAGCUACUGUAGCUCUCAUCGCUCUCACUGGACGUAGUCAGGAAAGUGUUGCUUAGACUGUGUGAAUGUGUGAGUGUUGAUGUGUGUAUGUGUUUUAUUUUUAUUAUUUUUUUUAAAAAACAGAAAAGAAUAUGACUAAUCAGCAAUACAAGAGAAACACAAUAAACUUAAAAAAAAAUACUGUUACUCAUUAGCUGUAAAAAUAUAGUUCCACUUGAUAUCACUCGUGUCGGCGUAAGGAUCAGGGGUGUUUCACUGGGGGAGAAGUUUGUCUCGACUUGCUGCCGUCUCAGCGUGACACUAACAAACACGAGCUUCGUCUUCACCUCCUGUUGAUCUCAUUUGCUUCUCUGCUUCGAUUGUUCCUAUUUCUGUUUCAAAUUAAGUAAUAUUUUUAUGGAUUUUCUAUCGUUGUCGUUUAUGAAUAUGGAGCUGGUUUGUAUUUUGUAUUUAUUGAAUGGUGUGGAGACAAAAUAAAAAAAGAUGUUUGUCGGUAAGAGAG